GGUGCUCACGCGCGCCACCCCGCACAGCCCUUGGACGAAGAUUGACCUGACCGUCGACGUCAUCGCCGCCGCGGAGCUGCCCCCCCUGCUGUCCUGCUCGGUCUGCUCGCCCUCCGGCGAGGCGCACCAGAAGUGCAGCGAGACGACAGGAGGCACAGGCGGCACCGCCACCCCCAGCGGCCAGUCGGAGGAGGGCAUCGUGCCGUGCAGCCAGUGGCUGGCCAUACGCAACAGCGGGGGCGCCAUCCUGGCGUCCGUCAUGCCGAAGGAGAAGGAUCCCACCAAAUGCGUGCUCCAGCGGCAGAGCCAUGACCGGGUGUCGUGGGACGUCGAUAUCCACCUCGACGAGCGGGAGCCCUCGGUGGUAAUCUCGCGGUUCGGACAGGAGAUCGGCCAGGCCUCGAGCCUCGGCUAUUGCAAGAGUCAGCCGCCAAGCGAGGACAGCGACUCUUCCGACGACGAGGAGGCGCAGCAGCACAUGCAGUUCGACACCCAGCCCGAGACCCAGACUCCAGAGUCUCUCUUGCUGCUCAUGUGUUUCCUGGCAAUGGUGUCCUUCCAGCCCGCGACGCUGCCCCAGAAGCAGCAGGAAGGAGGAUCCGAGAAAGGCGACUUUGGCGUCCCCGCGGGCCCCGGCGGCGACGUGCAGGCGGCCUGCCAGGACAGCAGAUGACCGGACCUACAUCAAGAUCAGGACGCAUGCAUGAGCAAUAAAUUCGAAAUCUUUGCAUGCGCGCCACUGGGCGUGCCGCUUUUGAGAUUGGUGGCCCAGCGAGCAGGACUAGCAGGAUGAGAGCCAAUCCUUGCCUGCCGAACGGUUCGGCACUCGGUUCUGCCUGGGCUCCAGUGUCCCUGAGGAAGUCUCACGAGUUUUCCAUGCGUGCCCUGCUGGGCUGACGCUGGCGCAGGCGGGAGUGCGGCGAGUGUCGAGCAUGGAGCUCCCAGCUCCGCGCGCACUUGCCAGUCGCAUCCACCGCGAUCAGAAUUGAUACCAGUAUGGCAGACUUUGGCCGUACUGAGAGCUUGACCAA